AUGCCUGAGAAGCCUCUCACAAUCGCGACCUACGCCGCCGGCGCUUCUCUUGCCGCCAUCACUCUGGUUUAUGUCUUUGGACCAACGUAUUUCCUCGACGAUGAUUCAAAUGCAGCUAGCAGUAAGAAGAAGGGUGUAGUGGGGCUUACCAAUGCAGCAAACGACUGCUUCAUCAACUCGGUCCUGCAGGCCCUCGCAGGCUUACCGGAUUUGCGCAUCUACCUCAUACGAGAAACCCACAGACGGCUGCUCGACGGACCCGAAGUCUACGAUGUGGACCCUGAGAGACCAGCCGUAGCCAAUGGCCCCGUAAAGCCUGCUAGGUUGGAGGGUCUGCAAAGGGGCAUCCUGACCCAUGGAUUGAAAGACAUCCUGGACCGACUCAACGAACGGCCGAUAUACAAAAAGACCAUCUCACCGCAACCCUUCAUCAGAACACUUGAGCGUGCAUUCGGCACACGCAUUAGCCGGCAACAACAAGAUGCGCAAGAAUUUCUCCAAAUAGUGACGGAGCGUCUGUGCGAUGAAUACCAUGCUGGAGGAAACGCUAGGCGACGGGCUACCCUAGAUGCGGUCACCGUUGUGAACGGCGACAGUAUUCCUGAAGGAAGCAAUGUCGCGCAGUCUAAUGGGACAACUGCCCAAGCACCCGCUGAUGGCCAGGGCGAAGAUGAGGUUGAAGGAGACGAAGUCUCUACAGAAGAAGAAGGGUUCCCUUUUGAGGGCAAGAUCGAGUCGCAAAUUGAGUGUCAGGUCUGCCAUUUCAAGCCGAAGCCUACAGUAUCAACAUUCGUCACAUUGACUUUGAAUGUACCACAAGCCUCCUCGACCUCUCUCAACGCGUGCCUUGACGGCAUGCUCAAGCUUGAGUACAUAGAUGACUUCAAGUGUGAGCGCUGUCGACUAGAACAUGCCCUCAGGAGCAAAGACCAUGAGCUUUCAAAAGCAACUGACCCCGAUAUCAAAGGACGGCUGGAAUCAGACAUUGCUAAGAUUCGAAAAGCACUAGAUGAAGAUCCUGAGCAGACACCGGAGGGUGUUGAGCUACCUGCCUCAAGUCAAGCACCCAAGCGCCGCAUUUCCCGCCACAUGUACAUUUCACAGUUUCCCAAGGUUCUUGCGAUACACCUAUCACGUUCUACCUUUGCGAUUGGUGCCAUCUCAACGAAGAAUCUUGCCAAGGUCGCCUUCCCGGAAGCUCUUCCAUUAGGAGGACUGCUUCAUCGCAAGAACUAUCGCCUUCUUGCAGUUGUCACUCACAAGGGAAGCCACAACAGUGGCCACUACGAGUCAUUCCGCCGUCAAGUACAGCCAAUGCCCUUCUCCACACCUGUGUCUUUUGGCACAGAAGGUGCAUUCAGUCGUCAGGCCAGUCCGCAUCCUUCAGCAGCACCAUCCGCAGUGCCGUCUGCCAUGCAAAGCCCACGCAUCUCGGCACUCAACCUGCCCAACCAUAUCGAACGCGGAUCAGGAGUCUCCACUGCAUCAACGCUCGACUCACCAUCGUCACGAUCGCUGUCUUCGCAAGACAACAUACCACCCUUACGAGGACCAGCGCCAACAUCUGCACCUCGACUAUCAGAGUCAGACCGGUCGCAUCUAGCAUCGCCCAUUGACGCUAGAAAUGGUAGUGGAAGCGGAGACGAGUCGUUGUCACGGACAAGAAGUAUACGAUCACUGAGGGAACGGGCGUCGGAGAAGGCUUCUUCAAUUGCCGACAACAAUCUCCGGCGUCGCAAGCCGAAGAAGGCCAACAACCGGUGGUGGCGGAUUAGCGAUGAUAAGAUCAAGGAGAGUAAGACGUCUGAAGUUCUGAACAUGCAGAAGGAUGUGUAUUUGUUAUUUUACGAGCUGAAUAAUAGCUAG